AUGAUGCGAGUAGUCAGACCACAUGCGCUGCCGAGGGCGUCGAUGUUCCUGGCGCGGCCUUCAACAGCCGUCUCCAUCGCGAGGCCCACAGCCUCUUUGCGUCGUCCAACGUACGGUGACGAACGAGGCCAGCGAACGUUUGCAAGCUCGGCGACGUCGCGGGCGGCAGCAGAAUUCACAGGCAUGUCGGAGCAAGGUCUCACCGAGUCGCAGGUGGACGUGCGGCGUGCGAUCCAAGAUGUGUGCGCGCAGUUUGACGACGAUUACUGGAUGCACAAGGACCAGAGCGCCGAGUAUCCACACGAGCUGUACGAUGCACUCUCCGCUGGACGGUGGAUCGGCAUCUGCAUGCCCGAGUCGCUUGGCGGUGCAGGACUGGGUAUUUCGGAGGCGACGGUGAUGCUUCAGACCAUCGCCGAGUCGGGCGGUGCGAUCGCAGGUGCCCAAUCGAUCCACGCGAACAUCUAUCCGCUCAUGCCGAUCAUCGAGUUUGCGUCGGCCGAGCAGCAUGCCGACUGGCUUCCCAAGAUGAUCGACGGCCGCAUCCGAUCGUGCUUUGGCAUCACCGAACCCACCACCGGCUCUGAGACGCUCAAGCUCAAGACGAAGGCGGUGCGCAAGGGUGACAAGUACAUCAUCAACGGCAGCAAGAUCUGGACGUCGUCGGCGCAGGUCGCUUCGCACGUCGUACUGCUCGCGCGCACUUCGGACCCCUCGCCUGCUUCGCGCUCCUCGGGGCUGAGUCUGUUCUUUGCCCCGCUGCGCAAUGUUCCCAAUACGCCGCAGAACGCAGGCAAGGUGGAGCUGGCCAAGGGCGUGGAGAUGAGGAAGAUCGCCAAGAUGGGCGGGAAUACGGUGGAUGCCAACGAGGUGUGGUUUGACGACUUCGAGGUGCCCGCCGACUGUCUGAUUGGCGAAGAGGGCAAGGGGUUCAAGUACGUUCUGCACGGGAUGAAUGCCGAACGAUGCCUUCUGGCCGGUGAGGCGCUGGGCAACGGAUAUGCGGCGCUGAGGAAGGCGGUCAAGUACGCUGCAGACCGUGUGGUGUUUGGAAGGCCCAUUGGUGGGAUGCAGGCGGUGCAGCAACCACUCGCACGCAGCUGGGCAGAGCUCGAGGCGGCAAAGCACCUCACUUAUGCUGCUGCGAGCAUGUACGAUGACCGUGCGGCGGAUUCGGGCGCACAGGCGAAUGCCGCCAAGUACAUGGCCGCAGAGGCUGGAUUUCGGGCGUGCGAGACUGCAGUCAUGACGCUGGGUGGAAUGGGAUACGCAAGAGAGUACCACGUCGAACGAUACCUGCGCGAAAGCCUCGUCCCCAGGCUCGCACCAGUAAGCCGCGAGAUGAUCCUCAACUAUCUCGGCCAGCACGUUCUCGGACUGCCCAAGUCGUACUGA